ACUUCGGAACCCCUAUACUGUCUCUGUUUUUCUUUCCUGGGAUGAGGGGGGCACGCCUCGUUGUCCCAUGUCACUUGUUUUUUUUUUCCCAACGCUCUGGGGGGAAAAGCUCUGUUUUCCACAGCAGUGUUUUUCCUGGCCCCCACCCUCUGAAGCCAGACACGGCAGUUACCGCUGAUUGCUCCGGCCAAGCCUAAAGCAGACGUGUUUUUUACUAGACUAUUUUAGUCUUGUGGUGUUAUCACAGGGUGAACAUUAGUUAUCAGAAGAGAGAGGAGGUUUUCUCGACUGCCGAUUCAAACAAUUAGCUUUUCCUUAACCUAUGCUAUUCCUUAAAGAAACUUGGGCGAAAAUAGACGAAACCACCAAGACUCCGCGACACGCCAUUGCUGUAACUUGGAGCACGGCGCCCUCUAGCGGGAGAAUAAUACGACGACGCUGGGAACAAUGACGGACGGCGUUAUUACAUCCAGAUUUGAGCAUCUCUCGGCACAGAUUAAAGAAUUUCAUAGUCUGGAGGCGCUGUCUAUUGUGAGUGAAGACCAGUCCCUGUUCGAGCCCCCAUACGCAGCUGCCGCCCCCCUGUCUAAGCCGGACAUGACAGCAUCGGGAUCCCAAGACUAUGGCACCGCCCCCGACAUUCACCCUCUGCCCCCCCAGCAUGAGUGGCUCAGCCCAGCCCGGCACAUCAGCGUCAAGCGGGAAUACGAGCAUAUCAACGGCGGCUCCAGUGACUCCACGGCGCCGCCCUGCCUGCUGAAGAGCACCAAGCAGCCCAGUGGCACCGACAGCACUCGCACCGGCUACGGCUGCUAUGCUGAUGAGAAGAGUGGCCUGCUGGAGAGCUCAGGCGUCGCCGAGAGGAGGGUCAUUGUCCCGGCAGACCCCGCCCUGUGGACCCCGGAGCACGUGCGGCAGUGGCUGGACUGGGCGGUCAAGGAAUACGGGCUGCUGGAGGUGGAGACCACGGCAUUUCAGGGCACCGACGGCAAGGCUCUCUGCAGGAUGGCCAAGGACGACUUCCUGCGGCUCACGUCCGUGUACAGCGCUGACGUCCUAAUGUCCCACCUGCAGUACCUCAGGGAGAGUAACUCUUCGCUGUCCUACAAUGUCCCGUCUCACAUGAACCAGCCCCACACACGGCCAGUGGCUAAGGAAGACACCCCCUAUGAAGUUCCAGGGCAGGCAGCUUGGACGGGGGCCAUGCAUGUUGGGAAAGGCUCGCCGCCAGGAGUCACACAGAGUGUCUCCAAGACGACGGAGCAGCCGGGGGCCCAGCCAGAUCCUUACCAGAUCCUGGGUCCAACCAGCAGCCGACUGGCCAAUCCAGGAUCUGGCCAGAUACAGCUGUGGCAGUUCCUCCUGGAGCUGCUGUCGGACAGCGCCAACGCGGCGUGCAUCACCUGGGAGGGAACCAGCGGCGAAUUCAAGAUGACGGACCCGGACGAGGUGGCGCGGCGCUGGGGCGAGAGGAAGAGCAAGCCCAACAUGAACUACGACAAGCUGAGCCGCGCGCUGCGCUACUACUACGACAAGAGCAUCAUGACCAAGGUGCACGGCAAACGCUACGCCUACCGCUUCGACUUCCACGGCAUCGCCCAGGCGCUGCAGCCGCACCCCGCCGAGCCCCCUGCCUACAAGUACCCCCCCGAGCUGGGCUACGCCCCACCCUACCCCCCACCUCAACAGAAAAUGGCCUUUGCCCCCCCACACCCCUCCCCAGUGCCUGUCACCUCCUCAAACUUCUUUGGGCCGGCCCCCCCUUACUGGAACUCGCCUGGGGGGGGCAUGUACCCAGGCCCAGGCGUCCCUCGACACCCUAACGCUCAUGUGCCCUCACAUCUGGGCAGUUAUUACUAAAACACCACACACACACACACACACAUUCCUGUUAUGGUGUUUGUACUCUCAGUUUUCCUGAAGCAGACCCUUCCCCCAAACCGGCAAGAUGAAAUUCUUCUGACAUUCUUCAUGAGGAAAUAUUUCUUCUGUUUUUGCCAAAGGAUACAAAAAAAAAAGAAAAUACUCAAUUUCAGCUUCAGUGCCAAAUGGAUUAUAACUUUCAUGAAGGUGAGGCUCUGUAUUCCCAAUAACACAGCAUUCAAGUCGUCAUGGAUACAGCUGGGAUAGAGACCUUCCGCCUUUGGGUUUAAAUGGGCCCCAGAUCUCCACUCUCAGUCCCUCCCUGUGCCUCGGGAAUCUUGCAGGAUCAUGGUGGAGCCUGGAGAUCUGUCACCUGGAAGGAGCAGACCACAGACAGAUUCCAUUCUCUAGGUGUGAAGAGUAAAAUUCUGGAACUCUCAUCAGCCUCAGAGUCCUGUAUUUUGGCCAGUCAUUGUAGUAGAAACGGAUCUGGUCAGAUCACUGCUGAGCACAUCACAUUCUUAGAUUUUGUGCGGAUUCAUAAGAGAGCCAUGUCAUGGCGAUGUUCUCAGCAUCCGAGCACACCUAGAGAACUUCAGAAGACCACCACUAUUUUUUCUUAAUCUAUCCCCAUCUCUGUCUCUCUCUCUCUCUGUCUCUCUCUUUGUGUAUCUGUCUCUCUGUGUGUCUGUCUCUCUCUCUUUCUCUGUCUGUCUCUCUGUGUCUCUGUAUCUGUCUCUUUUUUUGUGAAUGCCUGUGUGUCCGUCUCUCUCUGUCUGUCUCUCUGUGUAUCUCUCUGUAUCUGUCUCUCUCUUUGUGAAUGUCUAUCUGUCUGUCUAUCUGUCUCUCUCUGCAUGUCUCUCUCUUUGUGUAUCUGUCUCUCUAUGUGUCUGUCUCUGUCUCUCUCUCUCUGUGUCUCUCUCUGUAUCUGUCUCUCUCUAUGUCUCUCUCUCUUUGUAUAUGUCUAUCUGUGUGUCUAUCUGUCUCUCUCUGCAUGUCUCUCUCUUUGUGUAUCUGUCUCUCUAUGUGUCUGUCUCUCUCUCUGUCUGUCUCUCUGUGUCUCUCUCUGUAUCUGUCUCUAUGUCUCUCUCUCUUUGUAUAUGUCUAUCUGUGUGUCUAUCUGUCUCUCUCUGUAUCUGUCUCUCUAUAUGUCUCUCUCUCUUUGUAUAUGUCUAUCUGUGUGCAUAUCUGUCUCUCUCUGUAUCUGUCUCUCUCUAUGUCUCUCUCUCUUUGUAUAUGUCUAUCUGUGUGUCUAUCUGUCUCUCUCUGUAUCUGUCUCUCUCUUUGUGUAUCUGUCUCUCUGUCUGUCUCUCUCUCUGCUGUCUGGUUUGCCCCAUGUGAAGCUUUGUUCGCCGUCUCCUCUUUUCAAACCUGUGGAUUGCCAGGGUGCUCUUGACCAUAUUCAGCAAGCCUACCCACAUCGCCACCUCCCUUUUCCAUUGUUAGUUUUGUAAAGAAACUAUCAAUGAAUCAUCAGGGCUGGAACAUAAACAAGCGAAGGCCUAUCAAGAUAAAAGCAGACAUGACGAGACCAGCAACGGCUGGGAGGCUUCCCUGAUCGAUUCACGAAUGCUGUGCAUUCACCAGACCUGCCUCUUCAGUCUCAGACAUUAGCUAGUUGUUCAACCAGCUACAUAAGUUAUGCAGAGCUAUUUUCAUAUUUGACGCAGUAUUAAAAGGUCAGGAGAAUGAAUGCGAGUUGACCUCGCCCGUAAAUGCAGUUAUUUUUUUGCAGUCGUCUUUGAGGUAUAUUUGCACAUCUGUAUUUUGUUUCAAAUUUGUACAUUUGAGCCGUACCGUAAAUACAGGUAACUACUAAAUACAGGUCAUUCCCAGUGCCUUACUAUAACAGAUACAACUUACUAAAUAAACCCACCCAGCACAAAAAAACACCUGGACUCUUUGUCCCGGUCACCAGUCAGCCAAAUUCACCAUCCAGAGCAAAAGUCACACUUAGUUAAACGUGCCUGAAUUCAGUUGAACAUCCAGCACAUUCCAAGCCAUUCCAGUUCAGAUGACACUAACGAGCUUCUGGCCCCAUUUGCCUAAAGGCAAACCUAAGCAGGUAGUGUUAUUUUACAUAUGCAAUGUACUUUGAAUAUGAUAUAUUUGUAAAUAAUGUCAUUAUUCAUGUUCAUGUGGUAAAUUUUUUUGUAAAAGAGUUCUUAUACGGAAGAAAUAAGAAAAUAAAUGCUUUUAUAUUGUUUA